AUGGCCGCUGGCGGUGAUGCCCUGGCCAACGGCUACGACCACGGCCGCGUCCUCCGCCCGCGACGCCAGAAAUCAGCAGCAGCGUCGACAGCGGCAAUAGCGGCAACAGCCCGGCAUGGCGACGCCCACCCGGGCCACCCGGGUCCGUCUCGGCCCGCCGAGAGCCCUCCGCCCAGCACGCCGGCAAGCGGCCGCUCCACGCCGCCCGAAAACGCACCCCCCUCGGCAAAGUCGCUCGCCUCGGCGCGCAAGCACGCCCGCGCCGCCGAGCAGAGCCGGCGCCUCUUCCCGACCGUCGAGUUCGCCUCGCGCCUGUCGCACUUUGACCCGCUCAGCGACCACCGCGACUUCCACGGCUUCUUCAACCUGUUCUGGGUGGGGCUGGCCGUCAUGGGCAUCACCACCAUGCUGCGCAACAUGAAGGACACGGGCUACCCGCUGCGCAUCCAGAUCUGGAGCCUCUUCACCGUCAAGCUGUGGCACCUGGCCGCGGCCGACCUGGCCAUGGUGGCCUCGUCGCUGGUCGGGCUGCCGCUGCACCGCGUGUUCCGGCGCGCGCCCCCGGGCGGCCGGCUGACCUGGGCGAGGGGCGGCGUGGCCGUCCAGAGCGUCUACCAGGCCCUGUGGCUGGCGCUCUGGAUCGCCGUGCCCUUUGCGCUCGACUGGACCUGGACGGCCCAGGUGUUUCUGCUGCUGCACACCAUGGUGAUGCUCAUGAAGAUGCACUCGUACGCCUUUUACAACGGCCACCUGUCCGAGACGGAGAAGCGCCUGCGCGCGCUGGACUCGCCGUCGGCCGCGUCCGACCGCCGCCCGGCAUACGCCUACCCGCCGGCGAACCCGGGCCGCCGGCGGUCCGGUGGUGGUGGUGGCGGCGGCGGCGGCGACAUGGACGACGACAUGGACGACGGUGACAUGAUGAACAACAACAACAACAACAACAGCAACAACAACAGCACCACCACCACCACCACCACCACCGCCACCCCCCCCGACGACAUCCAGCGCCUCCGCGAGGCCCUCGCCCGCGAGCUCAUCUCCCCCAUGGGCAACCUCACCUACCCCGGCAACCUCACCUGGCCCAACUACCUCGACUACCUCUUCUGCCCGACCCUCUGCUACGAGCUCGAGUACCCCCGCACCCCCCGCACCAACUGGGCCGCCCUCGCGUCCAAGAUCGUCGCCACCUUUGGCUGCAUCUUCCUCCUCACCGUCGUCUCCGAGGAGUUCAUCCUGCCCGUGCUCGUCGACGCCUCCCGCCGCCUGGCCGCCCUCCCCGCCGCCGGCCCCGGCCCCGGCCCCGCCGCCGAGCCGCUCCUCAUCCUCGCCGAGACCGUCUCGUGGCUCCUCUUCCCCUUCAUGCUCAUCUUCCUGCUCGUCUUCCUCGUCAUCUUCGAGUACGUCCUCGGCGCCUUUGCCGAGCUCACCCGCUUCGCCGACCGCCACUUCUACGCCGACUGGUGGAACUCGACCGACUGGAUGGAGUUCUCGCGCGAGUGGAACAUCCCCGUCUACUCCUUCCUGCGCCGCCACGUCUACGGCGCCUCGCGCCCCCACACCGGCAAGCUGCUCGCCACCCUCAUCACCUUCCUCACCUCGGCCGUCAUGCACGAGGUCGUCAUGGCCUGCAUCUCCAAGAAGAUCCGCGGCUACGGCUUCGUCUGCCAGAUGCUGCAGCUGCCCAUUGUCAUGCUGCAGCGCACCCGCUUCAUCCGGACCCGAAACACGCUCAACAAUGUCUGUUUCUGGUGCUCCAUGAUUCUCGGUCUCAGCAUGAUGUGCGCCCUCUACGUGCUGGUGUGA